UGAGGUCGUCAAGGAUGGACGAGGCAACUUCAGUCACUACCGGCACCGGCACCACCGCCACUACCAACUUAGAGGAGGCAAAGGCACGUCGCCGCGGCCACUGGAGGCCAGGAGAGGACGAAAAGCUCAGACAGCUCGUGGAGCAAUACGGCCCUCAGAAUUGGAAUUCCAUCGCAGAGAAACUCCAAGGUCGCUCAGAUAAAAGCUGCAGGUUCAGGUGGUUUAAUCAUUUAGACCAUAGGCUUAACAGGAGGCCCUUUUCAGAGGAGGAGGAAGACAAUGCCCGCCUCUUUGGGAAGAGGAGGUAUCACAACUUCAUCCGCAGCAGCACUGGGGACAUCACCAUGAGCAACUUCCUAACCAAGCCUUCCACAGACGAAGAGGCUGCUGAUCUGAGCAGCAAUGGAGUGACAACCAUGAAUGAACUGAGUCGCUAUGGGGAGAGCUCUGCUGGUCCGCAAAAAGUUCAGGGUUAUCAACAGCCACAGUGAGGAACCAGAGGAGUCCUGCACCAUGAUUAAGAAUGUUGGAUUCAUAGACUUUCUUGGUGUUGGGACUUAAUUUUGCUUCUUUCCAAGAGUUGUAGUUCUUCUCUUUUUUGAAGCAAUGCCAAGUCUUUCUCUAUCUCUUGAGCUUUUUUAAUCUUUUUUUUAGUCCCUUU